AUGAGGAAGGCGAAGGCUGUGGCCUGUGGGUGUCCGGUUCCGGCUGACGUUGAUGUUCGCAGGGUCGGUCCGUGUAUAAAACGGGCUUUGGAGAAAUUAGGCUACUCUGGUCCUCUCACCAUCACUGCCGUUGGGAUACUAACAGACGUCCCUCAUGACUUCCUCAGACAAGUCCAUUCCUCUGGAAUCGCUCUUCAUCACGUUCCCACCGUUUCCGAAACAGCUCUCUCAGGGAUUGGGUGGGCUGUGGUUAAGUGGACCUGGUAUAAUCAACCUCCGGCUAAUUUAAUGCUCAUAUCGUACGAGCAUAUCUACUUGACCACUCUUGACAUGCUAGGUAGGAUCGGAUACAACACUGUUCGGUCUAUUCUUCCAGAUGAUCCUCAACAAGCCGCAUCCUCCGCCUCCCCUUCUACAGGGUCUUUCCUCUGGGAAAGCUUACUGGCAAGCUUACCAGCAGCAGAUGAUAUGGAUUCAGGGGCACCUCAGGAGGACAAGUGCGGCGAGAUGGGUGAACCUGCCUUGCUUUGUGAGCAAUGCAGAUUUACUGUCCAAGGCUUUGAAAACUUCUCCACGCAUCUCAAGAGUGAAGAACAUGCACAUGAAUCUCAAUACUACCGUAACGAAGAUGAUGAAACCGAUGGAGACGACUACGUACGAGACUCUGAAGACGACGAAGAAGAGUAGUAAGAGUUGUGUGUGUGUUAAUGUUAUCUUAAGCUAUCUAAUCCUUUUUAUGUUCAACAUCUUCUAAAUCCUCGUAAACUCUGGUUUUCUUUGUGUGUUAACUGAUAAUAAU